AUGCGUGCGCUCGGUAACUCCCUGCCAACAGAGGGCGUGGUGACUGUCAACGGCGUGAGGCUGACUGGGGAGGAACACCGCUUCGGUGAUGGCGUGGUAUACGUUCUCGAGUCCGCCCUGCCCUCUUCUCCCUCCUCUCCCGCCACUACCAGGCUUGAAGAGGGCCAGAAGGAGGUGGUGGUGCCGCUGGAGGGACUGCGAGGGCCGCCUGUGGUGGUGAAGAAAGAAGGUGACGGUGCUCGAAGUGGUGCUGGUGGAAAGGCCGCCACGACCACCCGCCUGCCGCCCCUCACGCAUAGGUUCGCAACUUUCAAGCCACGCCGCCACUCUUCCGCCACCACAUCACCGCGUCCCAACCGUCCCGCGCACCCCUCCCCCACGCGCCGCGCCGUCCUGCAGCCUGUGUUUGGAGAGGAACCCCUGGAGCCUGCUGACCCGCUAGCCCUCGAGCCUGCAGCAGGUUCAGGCGCCGGUGGGUUGUUCGAAGAGGUAGACCUGGGGUUGGAAGGAUCCGCCGCCGCGCCGCCAGCGUCGACCAAAAGCGAUGGCCCUUUCCUGCCUUCCUUCCUCGCCUCCCUUCACGACGCCCCUGGGUUCAUUGCCGCUGAGUUCCUGCAUCACUUCCACGACGCGAACAUCACCGAUAAGUUCCGUGACACUGGCAGAUACACCGCACUGGUUCCUCCUGACGUAGCCUUCUACAGCUACUACCCGAUAGACUGGGGCUUCAAUCCAUUCCUGGUGCACAAUUUCACCAAAGAUGUGCUGCUCAACCACUUCGUCAGAGGAAACAUCGCCCUGGACACCCUGCCGGCCCUCGCGGAGCUCACCACACUCGGGGGACGUGUCAUCAAAUUUACCAGAAGGGGAGGCAAGCUGCUGGCCAACGGUGUGGAAGUUAUCACCGAAUCUGAGAGAACAGUGUCGAGAGGACGUAUCUUCUUUAUUGGCGAGCUGCUUUUUGUGGACUACGACAGGGUAUUUGAGCUGCAGAGCCAACAUGGUGACCUGGAAACAGCCCCCCUGCUGGGCACCCCCUGGCCCUCCUCUCAGUUCCUCUCUCACCUCCUGGGCUGGUCAGAGGAGCAACCUGAGACAUCCUUCUUUGCUGAAUACCUCAACCACACCAACCUGGCCUACCUGGUGCCUGGCCAUGACGAGGACCUGGAGCCCCUCAAGUACACAGCCUUUAUCCCCACGGACGAGAUCGUGUCCUCCUCCCUCUAUGCCGACGCUCCCGACCCGUUCCUGCUCGACGAGAAGCUACGAGACCACCUAGUGCUGAGUCACCUGGUGUCUGGACGCUUCUACGAGGAUGACCUCAGAGCCGCCACCACCCUCACCACCCUGGCCAACACCACUCUCACAGUCACCAUCACUCCAGAGGGUGAGGUGCAAGUGGAUGGCGUGCGAGUGAUCACCCCACACACCUUCCUUUACAACCUGGGCAACGUGUACCUGGUGGACGGCCUGCUUGGUGUCACAGACGAGGACAUUUUCAACUCCAUCAGCAAGUUCUCACACGUGGAUGGCACCAACCAGGAGGGUGGCGGAAACAUUGCCAACAUCAGACCAAACCUGAACAACCCAUCAACAGAAGACCCACAGACCAGCCCAGCCCCAACCACCCCCAACCUGCCCCCAGCACCACCUCCCACCACAACUACCACCACUACCACCACCACCACCACUACUCAAGCUCCCCCUACCAGAGCCACCUCCCGCCCCUCCCGCUUCACCACCCCCAGCCCCUCCCCCACCACCCCUCGCAUCCGCUUUGAGACCCGCACGGAGAUCAGCAUAUCGCGGAGAGUCAACGACGGAGCAGUGGAGACGGUGGAGGGACGGUGAAGGGAGGGGUGUGGAGGGGAAGGGAGAUGCUGGGUGAUGGGUGGAGAGAAAGGCAAGAGUGUCUAGUAGUAAUGGGAAGGAAAGCAAGUGUUGAAGGAUAGUGAAGUGUUAACAUAAUGGUUGUGCAGCCUCUGAGAACACUGAUUUUUAUGUUUAGAUUGUAUUGUACAGAGUUGUUGUUGUUCUAGUUUGUUCCUCAGUGGUGUUUUUCAUGCAUGUCCAUCACCAGUGCUGCUACAAUUCAUGGCUAUUAUUACUACACGUGCUGCUAUCAUUGUUGCUCCUCACUCCAGGCUAUCCUAACGUGAGAAGAAUGUGUUGGUGGCCAGACCCAUCCAGUAGAGGCUGUGGGUGUGACAGAGAACAGUGUCUGUGUACAAAUCCUCAUUAACUGUUACUGUGUAUAGGACUGUUCAGUCACCCCAGCAUAAAGGACAGGUUGUGGCAAGGUUGUCAGGUGAAUGGUGCAUCACUCCAGUGGGGGGGAGGGGGGAGGGAGGGGCUGAGUGAUACCUGGACCAAGUCUUCCUGUUUUCAUUACUGUUGAGAGGCUGUAGGUGCACCAAGGCAGCCUGGCUUAAACUAUUCAAGAGUAUAUUCCAUGUAUCCAGUUGCCCUGUAUUACCGUUAUUGACUCCAGGUGACUGUCUGUCCAUCAGUCAGAUAGUACAAUGCCUGUGUUAUACACAGGGGUUUAUAUAUAAUGAAAUUAAAUGUCUACAAUUGUU